AUGCCGGUGUUAACAUGUUCAAUUCCAUUAUUACUUGAUGAUUUAAUUGAAUUAUGUGUUGCUUAUCUUCGUGAUCAAUUACAUGCGUCUAAUUGUGUUGGAUUAUUAUUAUAUGGUAAACAAUAUCAAUGUCUUCCAUUAAUUGAAGCUGCUCAACAUUAUAUUCAUGAACAUUUUGAAGAUGUUGUACGUCAUGAAGAAUUUCUUUCACUUAAUUUUCCUGAUUUAUGUUCAUUAAUUAAAGAUGAUAAACUUAAAGUUAAAUGUGAAUCAAUUAUUUAUAAUGCAGCUAUGCAAUGGGUUCGUCAUGAUCCAUUAAAUCGACGUGCUGAACUUGUAGAAAUUUUGCCAUGUAUUCGUCUUCAAUUUCUUGAUCCAUCUUUUCUUCAAGGUGUUAUUAAUUGUGAUGAAUUUGCACCACCAGAUAUGCAACGUUGUCGAGAUUAUCUAGAAAAUGCAUAUGAAAAUUUAACAUCACAUCGUUAUUGUCGUUUACCACCACAUCGUGCACCAAUUAAACCACUUGUUAUUUAUUGUGCUGGUGGUUAUUUUAAUAAAUCAAUCAAUACAAUGGAAUGUUAUUUUUUAGAAACACAACAAUGGAAACGAUGUGCAGAUUUACAAGUCUCUAGAAGUGGAGUUGGAGUUGUUUCAGUUCAUAUGCGUGUGUAUGUUAUUGGUGGAAAAUGUAAUAUAAGAAAUGAAAAUCGAGAUUGUCGUGAUGUUGAACGUUAUGAUCCAUUUGUUAAUAAAUGGACAACAGUUGCUCCAAUGAUUUAUGCUCGAAAUCGUCUUGGUGUUGGUACAAUUGAUCAUUUUAUUUAUGCAGUUGGUGGUUCAUGUGGUCAACAAUUAUAUUCAAGUGUUGAACGAUAUUCAACAUCAUCAGAUUCAGAAACUUGGGUCGAAGUUGCUUCUAUGCAUGUACCACGUAUUGGCUUAGCCGUUUGUACACACAGUCGAUUAUUAUAUGCUAUUGGAGGUUUUGAUGGACAUCGACGAUUAGCUGAUGUUGAAUCUUAUAAUCCAGAUACGAAUAUAUGGAAACGUGAAAAAUCCCUUUCAGUUGGUCGAUCUGGUGCAGCAGCUGCUCCUCUCGCUGAAUGUAUAUAUGUUGUUGGUGGUUAUGCAUCUGAUAGUGUUGAAGGACCAAUGCAACUUGAUACUGUUGAACGAUAUGAUACAUUAACACAGCAAUGGUCAUUGGUACGACCAUUAAAUUGUCGUCGAUCAGCACUUAGUUGUGUUACACUUGAUAAACGUCUUUUUGCUUUAGGUGGUUAUGAUGGAAAACGUUUUUCAUCUGUUGUUGAAGUUUAUGAUCCUGAAAAAGAUGAAUGGACAUUUGGAACACCAUUAACAAAAGAACGCAGUGGGCAUGGAAGUGCACUUACAGUGGAACCAUCAUUAGAAAAUGAUGAAUAA